AUGCCCUCAUGUGCCAACCCGCUCUGGCUCACGUUUGUCGAGGAGUGGGUGGCAACAGCUAUAGAGCGUAAUACCAAAGGAAUCCAAACAUAUAAGAAAGCGCGAACAUCGCUCAAAGAAUGCCCUCUGCCAAUGCAGCAUCCCUCCGAGACGCAGGCCCUGAAAUUUUGGGGCGACAAAUUGGUCCAGAAGUUGACCAAGGAACUGGAAGACUGGUGCUCGGCAAACGACCAGCCAAUGCCCGAGAGGCCGAAUAAGAGGAAGAAGAAGAGCGCCGGGAGUGCUGCCGCUGCCACCCUUCUUGCCGGGAUCAGCGACGACGAGGACGAUGCCCCAUCGCCGCCGAAAAAGACGAGGAAGACUACUUCCAAGCCCUAUUUUCCAAAAUAUCAAAGUGGGCCCUAUGCUCUUAUUAUCGGCCUUGCUACCCUCGACAGGAAUUCGAGGGACGGGCUCUCCAAGGCCGAUCUCAUCGAAAGGGCACAACCCCACUGUGAAUCGUCGUUCACGGAAACCAAAGGGCCUGGUCAGUUUUACACAGCUUGGAACUCAAUGAAGACACUGGAGGAGAAGGACCUGGUUUAUGCGAAGGGAAGGCCAACCAGAUACUACAUGUUGACAGAGGACGGAUGGGAGGUCGCUAAUAGAAUGCUGAAGACUGCCGAUCCAACGCAAGGGCGAGUCGAUAAAUUUGUGUAUGGUCAAAAAGAUGCGGCUGUGGGCUCCGAUGCUGAAGAUGGAGAGCCUACCCGGGUGAACGGCACAGCUCGAGUUUCUGCAGCAGCUGAGAUUCUGGAUUCUCCAAAAAAGCCAGAUAGGAAAGAACUCGUACCUGAUGGAAAGCCCAUAUCCAAAGACACCGACUUGCCUCACGUCGACCCAAUCAUCCUUGAGCCAGGAUCAUUCACCGUGGAAUUGAUCGUUGACAAUCGGGAGAUUAAAUCACAGAAGAACAGAGACCACAUACAGGUGCAGCUGAAAAAGAAGGGCAUCGAUUGCAUGAGUCGAUCUCUUGCACUCGGAGACUUCCUGUGGGUAGCGAAAAUGCAUGACCCAAACCUCCUCGAGCGCCAAGGGGCCGAAGGGAGCGAGAUAGUACUAGACUACAUAAUCGAAAGGAAACGCCUCGACGAUCUCAUCAUGUCCAUCAAAGACAAGCGGUUUCUCGAGCAGAAAUUCCGCCUUCGCAAAUCUGGCAUCAAAAACGUAAUCUACAUAAUUGAGGAAGCAAAAAUCGAAGUUGGGGGCUUCGAGCAGCACGUUGCCUCGGCCAUUGCCUCUACACAGGUCGUCAACGGCUUCUUUGUAAAGAAGACGCAGACUAUGGAAGAUACCAUCAACUACUUGCUUAGCAUCACCAGACUUCUCAAAGCGAAAUAUGAGUCUAGACCCCUCCAUCUGAUCCCUACUAAAAUAAUCACUUCGCAAAAUUACCUCCCGCUCCAAGCUCACCUAGCAAAGACGCAACCUUCAACGUAUCACUACAUCACAUACGAAGCUUUCGCCUCCCUGAGCUCAAAAUCCAAUAGUUUAACUUUGAAAGACGUCUACCUCAAGAUGCUCUUGUGUACCAACGGCGUGACGCCGGAAAAAGCUUUUGAGGUCCAGAAGCGGUGGAAGACGCCGCUGGCAUUCAUCGAGGCGUUUAAGAGGAUGGAUGAGAAGGGGGGUGGGGGUAAGGAGGGCCAAAAGGAGCAGAUGAAGAUGGUGUCUGAUGAGAUGAGUAAUCUGUUUGGGAGGAAGAAGAUUGCGAAGACGCUUAGUGUCAAGAUUUCUAGGGUUUGGGGUAGCGUGGAGGAAUAG